ACUGCUACCUGCUAGUAAUGUCUUUGAGAAACACACAGGCACAGUGAAGACUUCAUAGCUCACUGCUAUCCUGUUUCAGCUCAUAUCCUGUCUGUGAUAAGGACACCACUUUAUCUGAAAACACAGCAGCCUACUGUGAGCUAUCAUAGAUUUCAUAGAGAAAUACGAAUUAUCUGCUGUUCAUUGCAACCACAAGGGACUACAAUUUGUGGAGUAGACAAUCUUCCAGUGAGUACAGUCGCCUAUACCUCACAAUCAGAAGGCUACAAUGGCAUUCUCUCCAGUGAUUGGAUCCUUUGUCGCUGCGGACUAUGCUGUCUUUGCUCUGAUGCUGCUGGUGUCUGCAGCCAUUGGGGUGUACUAUGCCAUUGUCGGAAGGGGCCAGAGCAGCUCCAGAGAGUUUCUGAUGGGGGGCCAGAGUAUGACAGCCGUACCUGUGGCUCUGUCCCUGACUGCCAGCUUCAUGUCGGCUAUCACAGUGCUGGCCACCCCAGCCGAGGUGUACCGAUACGGGGCAAGCUACGGUCUCUUCAGCCUCUCCUAUGUGCUGGUGGUGGUGGUCAGCUCAGAGGUCUUCCUCCCUGUCUUCUACAGGCUGGGCAUCACAAGUACCUAUGAGUAUCUGGAGAUACGGUUCAACAGAGCCACCCGUCUGUUAGGGACAGUGAUGUUCAUUGUUCAGACUAUGCUCUACACGGGAAUAGUAAUUUAUGCUCCAGCUCUGGCAUUAAACCAAGUGACUGGGAUGGAUCUCUGGGGUGCUGUCAUUUCAACGGGAGUGGUUUGCACCUUUUACUGCGCUAUGGGCGGUCUGAAGGCGGUGGUGUGGACGGACGUGUUCCAGGUGGGCAUCAUGGUGGCAGGCUUCCUGUCUGUCAUCAUCAGAGCCGUGGUCCUGCAGGGAGGAGUCUCCAACAUCCUCAACCACGCAGAGCUUGGAGGACGACUCAACUUCUGGGACUUUGAUGCUAGUCCACUGAGGAGGUACACCUUCUGGACAAUUACAUUUGGAGGCACGUUUGUCUGGACCAGUAUCUAUGGGAUCAACCAAGCCCAGGUGCAGAGAUACAUCUCUUGCAAAUCCAUGACUCACGCCAAAAUGUCUCUCUACAUUAACCUAUUAGGAUUGUGGAUCAUCAUGCUGUGUUCUGUGUUUGCGGGGCUGUGUUUGUACUCCGUCUACAAGCACUGUGACCCCUGGACAGCAGGCACGGUGUCUGCGGCAGAUCAGCUGAUGCCAUAUAUGGUGAUGGACAUCCUGAGAGACUACCCUGGACUGCCAGGAUUGUUUGUGGCUGCAGCCUACAGUGGGACCCUAAGUACGGUAUCGUCCAGUGUCAAUGCUCUGGCUGCCGUGACUAUUGAAGACCUGAUCAAGCCGUACACUCACAUGACAGAGAAACACCUGUCCUGGACCUCUAAAGGCCUCAGCUUUCUGUAUGGGUCUCUCUGUAUUGGAAUGGCUGGCAUAGCCUCACUCAUGGGAAGUCUGCUGCAGGCAGCUAUCAAUAUCUUUGGGAUCAUCGGAGGGCCUUUACUGGGUCUCUUCUCGCUGGGGAUCCUCUGUCCAUACGCCAAUGCCACAGGGGGCUUGGCUGGUCUUCUCUCUGGGCUGGUUAUGUCUCUGUGGGUGGGGAUAGGGGCCCAGUUUUACCCUCCUCUACCAGAGCAGAGCAGGCCUCUGGGUCUGACCACACAUGGCUGUAACUUCACAAUCGCAGCUGAUGCAUUCAACUGGACCGCAUCCCCAACAGAACCAAGCCUAUACACCACAGUACUACAGCAAAAUACAGCAGAGAGACCCUUCCUGGCUGAUAACUGGUACUCCCUGUCCUAUCUCUACUUCAGUCCUAUUGGGACACUUACAACACUGGCUGUUGGACUGGUGGUCAGUCUACUUUCAGGGGGUAUGAAGUUGAAUUUGGAACCAACUGUGACUUUGAUGAAAGAAGAUACAAUGUUAUUUUGCUUUUACAAGCUCUUUAAAGAAAGGGCCAUGAGACGAGCAGGAAAGCUGGACCUCACAAAAAACAGAGAGAACCAAUUGGGAAACAAUAACCCCGGCUUCUGCAAUGUCCACGAGUUGGAUUUCACAAAGAGCAGUCUUCCUACAUGACAUACUGAUGAAACCAUGACUUUAACAGUUGCUCUUUCUUCUCAUACUUCUCCCUCCCCAGUGCUGCUGUUUUUCACGUGACUCAUGAAUGUCCUGACAGAUUGUAUCAAUAUCUCAUCUAUAUCCUCAUAUUUCUAUAUACAGUGCCUUCAGAAAGUAUUUUUCCUCUUUUUGUUGUGUUACAGCCUGAAUUGUAAAAAAAAAUUCUCACCCAUUAUAUGCUUAAAGGUAAUGAUUAGAAUAUUCCACCCUGAAACCAUAUAAUUGUAUGAGAUUUAUUAGAAUCAUAAAACUAUAAUCUGUGUGUAGUUUUAGUCAGAAUUAGACCAAUGACCUUUUGUUCCUUUUUAGUAUGUAAGCAGGGUGCAAGUGUGAAACAAAUGAUAAGAGGAGCUAUCGACAGACAAGCUGUACCACUGUGUUCCUUACAGGACAUUCUGUCUCCACCCGUGGAGGGGAGAAACUGUUAGGCUUGCAGAAAAUGAUGAAACACGUUGCAGAUUAAAGAAACAAUGUAUCUGUGUAGUGGAAAAACACCGACGGUCUGAGCAAGGCGUAGUUUAAGAUUUGAACUUGUUUGUGUGUGUGUUAUAAAGACUGUGUUUGUAUAAUGGACUUUAGAGCGUUCUCGUGAAUAAACUGUACUAUCUUUUUGCAUAAAC